AUGAAGGACCCCGCCUCCUGCCUGGUCUGGGAGGCGGCCCCAGGCACCCUGGCCCUGCCGGGCUGUCCCGAAGCUUUCCUUGUGGCCCACAGCGGGGCACCCACCAGCUCUGGUCUGGGACUGCUGAGCGGCAGUGGCCCCAAGAAGCUGUGUCCUCAGCUAACCUGGAAGGCUGUGUGUGCUGGAGCCACGCCCUGGGACAGGCCGCCCCCAGGCCCCGGUCCGGGCCACAGGGGCCCUGGGGUCCCGGAAGGAGACAGCCCCCCAUGGGUGUGUGGGGAGAGGUUGGCCUGUCCCCAGCUUAUGUGA